AUGGCUUUUUUGUUCCUGCUCUCAGUCGCAGCCUACGUCUCAGCCGCGCCUGUUGCGCCUGUUACGCCUUGUGCACCUGUUGCCCCUGUUCUGCCUGAAGGUGCGAGAGUGGGUUGGGUGCCGAACCCUGUUGGUCGCGGAACCUCGAAAAUUAUUAUCAGCUGUUCCGUCACUCUUGCGCUCUGCAUAUGGACUGCAAUCCACCCCGAUGUAGUAAAGAAGAAAUCUCACACCCAGAAUCCUAAGGACAAAAAAGUAGGCUCCGAUGCCGCUUCACGAAGCCAAACAAGUACCCCCGAUACUAUAACUGCGGGCAGCAAAGAAGGUCAACCACAAUACUGCGACACGGCAUGCACCGCGUCCAAGCGCUUGCGAAAACGAAUUUUUCUGACUUUUAAGGCCUUGCUCAUACCGGAUGAAGUGCUUAUAGAUGCUCAGAAACAGUGGGCUCAGGCUUCCCGACUGCAUAAGGCGAUGAUAGCUGGGCACUACAUAUUAGAGCAUAUGGACGAGGCAGGGGGCCGGGGGUUCAUUGAUAAGAAGGCGCCGCCACCGGCACCACGCGAUGAGGGCGAAUCAAAGGAUUCGAAAACUACGUCCUGGAGGGGUGAGUUGCAGAAGUGGCUUGAGAAACAUGAAAGUAUCCGUGACCUUCUCGAUUUAUGGGUGUUUCCCUCACAGUGGGAUCUGUUCGGAAAAGAGGUUGCUUUCUUUGUGGUUCAGGGUGGGUUUGUGAGGAAUUCAGAUCGCACACUGAUAUCUCCAUUGGACCUUUACUACGCCUACAUGAUGGACCCUCAGAAACUCCAUGAGCAGAUAAGGGCCGAGGAUAUCUGCGACAAAGGCAAUGCCAGUGUCCUCGCCAAAGUCAAUACUCUAUUCGAAUCUCUCUAUCACAUUUCUCGAGCUGCAUGUGAUGAUUCACAUUAUCGCCGCCUUAGUGGUUCUACUUAUGAUUGUGGGAUGAAUGAAGACGGCUUGUUUCAGCAAAUAUUAUCAAGCUGGCGUCCGUAUCUCACGACUGAUACUAUAGUCGAAACCACCCCUAAACCCUCCGCGGCCGGAACCGCAGAAACCACCGGGAAAGACAAAGGAUCUGAAGCUGCUGUUAGAGAAAUUGAUUUUAACAAACCGCCGCCGAACUUUGACCUUGAGGCUUCGAAGAAAUCUGAAUCGCCUUGCGCUAAGAAGGAAUAUGAUGCAGAAGCCAGAAUUUCGAGACUCAUGUCUUGCGUACCCUAUCUCUCCUACUCAGGCCUACACGCAACCCAAUGGAACUCUUCUUUUCCCUGCACACACGAGCAAUGGAUAUGGAGAAUCUCAUGUUUGAUCGUUGCAACAACGCCCUUUCUACUCUUCCUGACUGUAAUGAUUCUUCGCUGGCUGCAGCCAAAAACUUCAACAGUAAGGAACGAAAAGGGUGACAAGGCACACAGCCUUUGGCUGAUUAGCAUCAUUUUUAUCCUAUAUCUGGGGGGCGCCUGGACACUACUGGUUGAAAGUUUUGUCAGUAUGAGGAAUCAACCGAAGGAGGUAUACCAGACAGCAGAUUGGUCUCUGUACUUUCCUCAUUUUUGA